AUGAAUGCAAUAUUUGGUGUCGGUUUACUGCACUUUUUAGCUGAAGUCAUUUCAGCUGAAUUAUACUGUUAUUCCUGUACAAGUGCCCAAUCAGGCUGUGGUGAUCCAAUAGAUGUUCGAUUAAUGCAUUGGAAAAAAUGUACUGGUCGAAGAUUGAUUGAAAAUUACUGUGUUAAAUUAGUUCAGAAGGUUGAAGAUCAAAUCACUGUAACACGUGGUUGUUUAAGUGAUCUGCUAUUGAAUACACAAUAUCGUUUAGAUAUGCCACAACUUCGUCGUCAUGGUUACUGUGUAAAUUCACGGGAUUAUCAACAAUAUUUACUUGGAAAAUUAAAAGGUGAUGUAUUAGCUGAAACAGCUAUGGGAUUAUUUAAGGAUAAAAAUAUGAAUUUUAAACGAUUUUGUUAUUGUAAUGAUUGGAAUGGAUAUCAAAUCACUGUAACACGUGGUUGUUUAAGUGAUCUGCUAUUGAAUACACAAUAUCGUUUAGAUAUGCCACAACUUCGUCGUCAUGGUUACUGUGUAAAUUCACGGGAUUAUCAACAAUAUUUACUUGGAAAAUUAAAAGGUGAUGUAUUAGCUGAAACAGCUAUGGGAUUAUUUAAGGAUAAAAAUAUGAAUUUUAAACGAUUUUGUUAUUGUAAUGAUUGGAAUGGAUGUAAUCAUGUAAAUAAAUUGAAAGUUUCAUUGGUUUUUGUCCUAUUCAUUACAUUAAUGACUAUGAUGAUGAAUUUGUAA